UCUGUAAUCACGCCGGGAUUAGACAAGUGGCUCUCCCCUUGCUCGCGAGCGGGCCGAGCCGAGGACUAGACAAGCCGAGAGCGCACGGCACGACACCAGCGCCUCCCCACGUUCCGAGCCCUCCCCCCUCGCUCAUUCCCGAGUUCCAACUUCCAACCAACCAACCAACCACCGCUCCUUCCUUCCCCUCGUCCCCCGAAGCCUCUGAGAGCUCAGAGAAAGAGAGAGAAACGACGGAAACGAGAAGGGCGCGGCGCGGGCGAGGGAGAGGCCCUGGGCGCGGGGGCAGGGGCGCCGAGCGCAUGGCGUCGUCGAGGGUGAUGGCGUCGUCCUCGCCGUCGCACACGGCCUCGGAUAUCGCGCGCUUCGCGCAGGCCGCGAGCAAGCCCGGCGGGGGCAGCGGACUGGGGUCCAUGAACGUCGAGGAGCUCCUCCGCAGCAUUUACGGCGACAUGCCCACCCCGGCGCCCGCGUCGGGCGGCGAUCGGCCGAUGUCACCGGCGCCGGCGACGGAGAUUGCCUCGAGGCGGACGGCGGAGGAGGUGUGGAAGGAGAUCACCGGCGGAGGUGGCAGUCGGGGGACGGUGACCCCCGCGGCUCCGGCUGUCGUCGCCGCUGGCGGUGGAGGCGGCGGCGGUGGCUCGGAGAUGACACUGGAGGACUUCCUGGCGACGGAGGGCGCGGUGAAGGAGGACGAGGUUAGGGUUUCGGGCCCCUCUGAGGCCGCGGGAGGGCCGGUGGCGAUGGGGUUCCUGAGCGGGGCAGAAGGAUUGGGUGGCAGGGGCGGCGGUGGUGGGAAGGGGAGGAAGAGGCGACUCAUGGAUCCAGUGGAUCGAGCUGCGAUGCAGCGGCAGAAGCGAAUGAUCAAAAACCGCGAGUCUGCAGCCAGGUCACGGGAGAGGAAGCAGGCUUAUAUUGCGGAGCUUGAAUCUCUUGUCGCGCAGCUCGAGGAGGAGAGUGCCGAGCUGUUGAGAGAACAGGAGGAGCGACACCAGAAACGGCUUAAAGAGGUAAUUUUCUUAAUCUUAAGAUGUAAUAUGUGUACGCAUAUAUUUUAUUUAUUUAGUAUAUAUUGUGCAUCCGAAGUUAAUCAAAUUUGAUUGAAUAGCAUUUAAAACCAUUCCACAUCACUAUACUCGAUAUGUUGUCUAUUAUUACUGAAUCCAUAACAGUACACAUAAUGCUUCCGCAGGAACUUUUUGUAACAUAACUUACCUUGAUUUCUAGUGAAACAUUAGGCUGUAACCAUCUGUGGUAUCGAGUAAAAUAAAAUUAAUUGCAUUAUAUUGCAUUUACUUCCCUUUGUUCUAUAGCGUACUUGCAGUAUUAUGUCAUAUAGGCCCUGUUUGGCAGGGAUCCAAAUCUUGGAUUUCUUGGACCAGCUUCAAGAAAUCCAGGAUCUGGAACUAUGGAUGGAUUUAGGAUAUUUGGUUAUGUACCAAACAGGCCCAUAAUAUACCUCUAGAACAGGCGAACAUCAGAACAACCAUUACUUAAAGAAGGAUAAGACAGCCAUUAGCCUUUGAUCUCAGUUUAGUACACAUGUUCGUGAGCACUGAAAGAAUUAGUCUUCGAAAACAUUACAUUAGGACCAUAAUCAUGGGCAACAAAUACUGUUCAUGCUUGAAAGAAGCAUCUUCCUAUGAUUUCUCAACUCUGACUUCGAUAUCCUUUGGCUAUUUGACACUCCAAUGAGCUAACAUGCUUAAGACUCGUUACCAGCCGGCCAAAGUGGUUUGGCAAAUAGAAUAAUGUGAUGUUGACAACUUUCGAUUGCAUUAGAGCUACACAUGACAAGUGCGAGAUUGUCUAUUUCAUCUGUCAGUUUCUUCUCUUGAGGCCAUUUGCUUCUCAAGAUGGUGAAUUGCAUAAAUCUUUGUUAUUAAAAAGGCUGGAGCCUGCAGUCCUGAAUUGUGCUUUUCCCUGCAGUGCCAUUUGUCAAGUUGAGCCUGUAUUCAUUUAAAUUUAUUUGUACUUU